AUGUCCCAGGAACAGCAUGGCGCCCGGGAAUUAUUUUUGGAGGCAACAUCACAGAAUGUUACCACAACCGCAACUUCUCACCCCAACAUUGCCCACCAACACAACCAAGACGUGCUACAGCAAUCCAAAGGUGAAGAUCACACAGUUACACACACACAUCGACUAAGCCUUCGUCGCUAUCCUAGGGAUUGCCCUCCCUUGCGAGUAAGAUGGUUCUAUGCUGUGGACUCUCCUAAAUGGAAACCUCUGUUAUGGGAUCAAAAGAAGGACGCCUCGAAACCCCCGCCGCCACCCAAAAAAUUCGUCCCUUUUUCAUCCAAAGACUCUCACGCCAUAGAGACCGCCUUCCAGAGGCUUUCCGAUAUCGAGGCCGCUCGCGAACAGUCCAGGCACGCCGAAACCAGUGGAAGGCCGCAAGACAGCACUACCAAAGUUGCCGUCAAUGAAGACUAUCUUUUUGACGUGGAUGUGGAACGAAGGGAGCUUUCCCCGGCUUAUUGGGUAGGACCUGUUUACGAAGUUCGUCGUGGAACAUGGUUCUUCCAGGAUGGGUCUUCAAUCAAGCCAUGCGAGGAGAACCUAGCCACACAACUCGAAGAGGGGUACCUCAAAGUGAAACCAUGGCGCUACAACGGUGCCCAUGACACCGCUGUACAAGACUCGGCGUACUCAAAGAUAUCUGGUACGGCGCCUGGGACUUUGCCCAAUUCGGUCGAGAAUGACGGGCCUGCGGCGCCUGCCUCGGCCGGUGGAUCCCGGAACUAUCGUCUCUUUGGUGCUUAUAUGAAAAGUAUCGUAACCUACCAGGAUCACACGGCAGCAUUGAUUACGAAUGAUGAUUUCAUGUCUCGGGUGAGCACAACCGUGUACCAGAAGCUAGGUGGAGUGCCCGGCACAAAACUAGUUCGUGGCUUCAUGGAGACCGGGAAAGAAAAGGUACCCUCGAGCACGCGGAGAUCUGCAGAAGAACUGUUGCCUGGGGCACCCAUGAAAGGACUGGGGCCUCACGAGACAGGCACUAAUGGCUCAUCGGAUGCUGAGGUAGCUCAUAGUCAAUCUCCGGAAGGCAGCUCCGCAAACGGUUUAUCGAAAUCAACACUGGAGCAGCAGAUGUCCUCUCUAACAUGCGAAACUCAAGACGAGGCCCAGCUUGAUGAACAAGCGCGCAGACAGGAGGAAAAGGAGAUGGAGGAUUCACGAGAAGUUGACAAUGACGACAGAGAGCGACAGAUUGAUCAUCUGGUCCUCGUCACACAUGGCAUUGGCCAGCGACUUGGGUUACGAUUAGAGAGCAUAAAUUUCAUACACGAUGUGAAUGUUUUACGCAAAACCAUGAAAAGCGUCUAUAAAGCCUCACCUGACCUCCAGGCUCUCAACUCUGUUUUCGCAGAUAGCCUGACAAACUGUCGUGUUCAAGUACUACCUGUGUGCUGGAGGCAUCUACUUGACUUCCCAUAUCGAGGAGCAAGACACAAUCGCAAAGAGCUUGAUCUUGCUGAUGCAGAUUUCCCCGAAGAUGACCCGUUCCCUAGCUUAGCUGAUAUCACUUUGGAAAGUGUACCGGCGGUUCGAAAUCUAAUAUCUGACUUGGCAAUGGAUGUCCUCCUAUAUCAGAGCGCCUACCGUGCGCAUAUAUCCAACAUCGUCAGUCAGGAAAGUAAUCGAAUCCUGAAACUCUUCAAGGAACGAAAUCCGUCUUUCAGCGGAUCGGUUAGUCUCUGCGGACACUCACUUGGCAGUGCCAUUCUCUUCGACAUUCUUUGUCGCGAGCCGCUUGCUCGAGAGUCAGAGCAGAAAAUACCCGUAGAAAGAACAAGUGCACCAACAACCAAAUCACGGAAUCAGCAACUGCAUUUUGAGUGCGAGGAACUUUUUUGCCUUGGUUCUCCCAUCGCCCUUUUCCAAAUGCUCAAGGGAAAGACGAUUGCAGGGAGGUCAGCACCAGACACUAGCAAAGCCGGAAUGCCGCUUUACCCAGGUGGAAAAAACGAUGAAAUCAGAUCUACCGAUAGCCAAGAUCUAGUGUCUUCCCCGAAAUGCCGUCGAUUGUACAAUAUUUUCCACCCCUCGGACCCAGUGAGCUAUCGUAUCGAGCCUCUCAUUUCACCGGCGAUGUCAUCGUUGAGGCCACAGCCUUUACCUUCUGUGAAGAAGAGUUUAUGGGCUACAUCUGGUCAAAGCCUUUCAAUAAUAGGUAGUCGUGUGGGGCAAAGUGUUGGAUCUCUUUGGAACAAUUUCACCUCUGGUGUUGCAAGUAGUCUGCUAAACCGCAGUCUUGGUCUCAACUCUGAUGAAGACACAUCUCAAAUUUCCUCAGGCGAGGGCUAUCAAAUGCAACAAUCAAUAUUGUCCUCCGGCACUGAUACCACAGAUUCUCAUAACGACCGGCAUCCUACGCUCAUAGACUCGGGCUUGGAAACGCUCUAUGAAGGUUUCCAGAGGACCAGGCAAGAUGAAAGAUCAGAGUCUUCGAGCUUUGCUGGUCAUUCAUCCAUCCAAAAUGAAGUACCAGAUGAUCGUUUGAAGAAGAUACGGAACGAAGAUGCCAAAGUGAGAGCACUUAACAGUAAUGGACGGGUUGAUUACAGUAUUCAAGAGCAAGGGGGCUUUUGA